AUGUAUGCGAGAAGGGCAAUUCUUUUUAUCACUACACUUAUUGUGUGCUUCUGGAGCAUAGGAGCCCAUAAGUACUCUACACCGGUAGAUAAAGUAUCGAAACCAAUAUCCAAGUCUUCUCAACCACCAGUUUCUUCUUCUACUGGUAAAAAGUACGUCGACUUUGAUUUAAAAUCUCAGAGCAGUUACUACGACAGUGGAGAACCAUCCUACUACCAACACCACUACAGCCCGGAUCACAAGAACUAUGACUACGGAUACUACGGAGAUCACUAUCCUUAUCAUUAUGGAAAAGACUACGACCACCAUCAUAUGAUUCCGUUUGUGGUGGGAGGAUUCGUAAUGCUCAUGCUUCCAUUACUCACCAUACUGCUGACACUGGCCGUCAACAUCGCUCCAGCAACCAACAUCCCCACUGCAGUGACUACAGCCACGGGGAAGUUGCUCAGUUCUUUCAAUUCAACGAGACUCAUCGGAGACAUUUUAGAUCAGAUCGAUUCAGCUAUGUCAAAGUACAGUUGA